UUCAUUUUUAUCUUAUCUCACAAUCUCAGUUUGGUAAAUUAAGAGCUCUACCUAAAGAUACGAGGAUUUUGUUUUGCGAUAGCGGCUGAUAAUCGUGAUCAUUACAUCUCAUUCGUAGUACUUGGUUGCUUGCAUUAUGCAGGGGCUAAAGUGGAUUUUUUUCGUUCAAUUGUGCAUCACGCCAUGCCUGGGUGCUGUAUCAUUCUUAGGAUUGUUCUACCUGGAAGACAGAGAUUACAACACACCUGCUGAAGGUGCACUUUUCUGUGGGACUGAUAAACGAAAUUCUGAGCGUUUCGAAACUAUCCCUUUGCGACCAUCAUCAAGUAGAGAGUGCAAAGAUCACGAUGAACCGUGCAUUCUCGAUUCCGACUGCUGCGCGAUCGAAAAUAUGUUUUGUUGGGAUAAUAGAACUGGUAACGCACACAAUCCCUUGUGCAAGUGCAAAGCUACGUACGGAUGGAACCAAAAUGAAUGGAGAUGCUACCCCAUCUCUUUUGCGCAACAGAUGAUGAUGGCAGCUUUCAUGGCCUUCAGCGUUGCCAUUUUGAUCGCACUUAUAGCCUUUUGCAUUCAUUCCUGUAAAUACUGCUGGUCAUAUGGGGAGAGAAUAAGACACAUGAGAGACGUGAGACGAGACCAGAGACAUCGCAGGAGAAGGCAGAUGCGAAUGCCUCGAGAUCAGCACAACAUCUCGGCCUUUGUUGAGGUCGACCGUGACACUCCAAUCAAGCUGCCGACUUACGAUGAAAUUGAAUCAGAUAAGAUUAUUUUCACCACGGUGACUCCCAUGGCUACUCUGCCUGAUAUGUCGGGCACAGUCCGCUCGCUGCCGCCUGCCUAUGAAUCAAUCGUUACUGGAGAGUUCGUUUUGACAAAUGACACGCCGAUCGAGGGAGUAACAGUUAUAACCUCGAUUGUGCCUCUGCAAAACUCUGCAGAACGAAGGGACAGCCAACCGCAACAGCAGCAUCAGCAGCAAAACGGGCAGAACUGUUCUCAGGAAGGAGUGACUAAUGAGGCUUACCAAGCAGUGAACCACCUUUGAUGAUGCACUGCUUUUAACCGCCGGUUAUUCCUCCUGUAUGAUUUUGAUAAUACGAUUCUUAAACUGAUGGUCAGGUAUAAAGCUCACUGUGAUUUAUUCUUGUAAUGACUCUAUUAUUUUUUUACCAUCACUAAAUUUACCUUCAUAUUCGUUAUAUUUCUUGGUAACAGGGAACAAAAUACUGUAAGUGGAGUACAUUAUGGCAAAGCGCCUGCGUUACGCGGAGUACUGCAACCUGCACAGCUCGUAAGGCGAGCCUGUUGCAUUAUGUAGAAAUAUUUUUUAUCCAAUAAAAUACUAUUAACUAUA